GCUGGCUCCUUGUACGGUGCGAGGGAACGAGCGAGGAGGGAGGAGGGUGCCAAUGAUUGAAGUCCGCCCGUCGCUCCUGCGCCUCUGGUGCCCCAUCGGAUGCGCUCCAUUGCUAUUUUAGAUUUUUUCCGAGAAGGACACUCGCUCUUCUUUACCAUCGGAUUUGGAUCUAUUUCUGGCUUCCGUUCUGCCACCGUCACUUUUUUCCAGCCUCCAGCGCCACCCAAUUCUCCAGAGUUAAGUUUUGAUCGACAAAGGAUUCCACCUCAAGGCCCUUCGAGACUUUCUAGAUCCCCCACGCCCAGGCUUGCGCAGCACCGUAAGCCAUUGUGGUGGUCGUGAGACCGGUCCCUAGUGUUGGAGAGUGGAAGCGAUGGCGGAUACGAACAAGACUGUAUCGCCCCCGAGUGUGGACGCCGGGAAGGCUACCGCGACGGUAUGGACCGCCAUCAAGCCGUUUGUGAAUGGUGGGUUGUCGGGUAUGGGUGCGACGUGCGUGAUCCAGCCCGUGGAUAUGAUCAAGGUGCGUAUUCAGCUGGGUCAGGGAAGUGCUUUGGUGGUGGCCAAGAAUGUUAUUGCGAAUGAGGGGUUUGGCGGACUGUACAAGGGUUUGUCCGCUGGGUUGCUGCGGCAAGCUACUUACACGACUGCGAGGCUGGGGACGUUUAGAAUUCUGACUAAUAAGGCUGUGGCGGCGAACGAAGGGAAGCCUUUGCCAUUGUAUCAGAAGGCCUUGUGCGGGUUGACAGCCGGUGCUGUUGGAGCCUCCGUGGGCUCACCUGCAGAUCUUGCCCUAAUCCGGAUGCAGGCGGAUGCUACCCUCCCCGAAGCCCAGAAGCGGCACUACAAGAAUGCCUUCCAUGCCCUCACCCGGAUCUCCAAGGACGAGGGUGUGUUGGCCCUGUGGAAGGGAGCUGGCCCCACUGUGGUGCGAGCCAUGGCAUUGAACAUGGGUAUGCUUGCCUCUUAUGACCAGUCUGUGGAGUUCUUUAGGGACUCUUUGGGCUUCAGUGAAAUUCCCACUCUCGUCGGCGCCAGUGCGGUGUCUGGGUUCUUCGCAUCGGCGUGCAGCUUGCCAUUCGACUACGUGAAGACGCAAGUGCAGAAAAUGCAGCCGGGGCCAGACGGGAAGUACCCAUACACCGGGUCUGUGGACUGCGCGUUGAAGACACUGGCACAGGGAGGACCUUUGAAGUUCUACACCGGAUUCGGAACGUACUGCGUGCGAAUUGCGCCGCAUGUUAUGAUGACCUGGAUCUUCUUGAACGAAAUCCAGAAGUUGGAGAAGGCGUAUGGUUUGUGAAUUAGUCUUCAAAUCACCAAUGUUCGGUUAGUUACAUCCAUGCAUGGUGCCUUCAGUGCCUGAUUACUUUCUCCUACUUUUGGUUACCUGAGAUUUACAAGACUGGUCCCUAGAAGUUUGUGCUGUUAGAUUUAGAUUUCUAAGUUUCUCAUGUCAAGGCAGUUUGUGAUGCUUGUUAGGGCACUAAUACUAAUGUUGGAGGACUUGGGAGAUGUUUUCCCUUUACUGUGGGGCUUUGACCGUAUACGUACAUGCUUCUCUGGAUUUGGGACGUUGUUGCUUAAAUGAUCAUGUGUAGGGGAUAGAAUAAAGCGAUUUUUAGUCAUGAUUGCAGGUCGAUCACCAUUUUGAGAUGUGUUUGUACAUCUGCGACUUGCUCUGUAAUUGCUAUCUGCAUAUGACUAGGUGUCGGGGUAGAGUAGGGAGUGGGUGGGCAAUUGGCCUUCUGUAGCUCACCUCCAAUUCGUUACUGAACAUCUUGACCACCACCCACCUUCUUUGCGCGGAAGGAGAGUGGUCUGUAUUUAAGAAGAAACCAAGAGUACCACUUUUGAUCCA